AUGGUAGCCAUUAUUAGCGCAGGAAGAAGUGGCACCGGGGUCGUCGUCGUGAACAAGGUUUCCUCGUUAGUGACGACGAAAUCACUGAAGUCGGAUGUCGGGGCCAUCAAAAUGCUGACGCUGGGCGGCGCUGGCUCAACAGCCGUCAUUAAGGACUACCAGAGCGGCCGGGCCGCACACGGCGCAGUCUACUCACCCGGCGGUGGAGGCGUUUACGGGGACUCGUCGUCGCCACGGGAUGCCGGUGGCGAUCCGGUGUUUGCGGUCGUUCCGAGCCAGGACGUCAACCCGGACUACUACAUCACGCAGACGGUUUAUGGGUUCCUCGAUUUCACCACCACCAUCGGCAACACGGUGAUGAUCUUCUCGCCACAGAGCGCCGCUCCGGCAGUAACAGAACCACCGAAAACGACGGCCCCGCCGCCACCGGUGAUCGAGACGACGCCCAGUACCACAUCGACCACCGAGGAGGCGCUGCGGGAGAUCAAGCCGAGCAAAACGGUCGUGCUGCCGGUGCAGCCGAAGGAGAAGGUCAGCAUCGUGCAGGUCCUGCCGGAGACGCCGAGACCACUGCCCACCAAGCCAGCCGGACCGCUCAAGUUCAUCCCGAAGGCGGUCCCGAAGGUGGCGAUCAAGCCGAUCCUCAAGCCGAAGCCCAAAGUUGUCGAGGUGACACCACAGAAACCAUCGACCACCGUUGGCCUGCAGGAACCGGCGGAGCCACAGGAACCACGCUACAUCGUGAAGCCGGUCCCGAAGGCGGUCAUCAUCAAGCCGGUGGCGCCCAUCGUCAAAGUGGUGGCCACGAAGGUGGAACCAUCGACAACGACGACGACGACGGAGGCAGCACCACUGGAGGAGGAAGAAUCGGAGGAAGAGGUGGAGGAAGAGGUGGAGGAACAGGAACCGGUGGCGCAGGAAGAAGUGCAGGCUGAGGAAGCGCAGGAGUCGGCAGAACCAGAGGAAGAAGAAGAGGAAGUGGAACAGGAGGAACCGAUUGAGGAACCCAAACCGGAGGACCCGACUGUCAAAGUGACAGACAAGCAAAAACCACACGUCAUCGAAGCUGUCAAACCUGUCACAACGACCACCACGACGACGACGACGACGACGGAAGAGCCAGCGCAGGAACCGGUGGAAGAGGAUGAUGAGGAGCAGGUAGAGGAAGAGGAACAGUCACCGAUCGUAUUGUCGACCGUUUCCGAAACCCAAGCGACCCAAACGGUGACCGUGGUCCGGCCCGAGGACGAAAAGAAGACUUCCGUGGUGGUGACCCGGCAACCGGAAGUGACCCCGCAGGCUGCGGAAGACGCUGAGGAAGGGGAAGCCGAUGGAGAGGAGGUGGAGGAGGAGGAGGAGGAGCAGGAGGAGCCGGUUCCGGUGCUCCAGAUCGGGAACAACAUCGGCGAACCGGAGUACGACUUCCUGUCCCGCCAGCCGUCCGAGUUUGUCGAGGAGACGUUCCGCGUCGUCAACCUGCGGCCGACGGCAACGGCAGCCCCCGCGGACGGUGGCGCCCGGACGCAGGGCGCGAAGGCGGCCAAGCCGAAGCGAGGUAAUAAGCGAGGGGGCGCCGCGCACCCGACCGGCCUGGUGACGAAGCUGGGCGGCACCGUGGUGAAGGAGGGCGUCACCACCGUCCACGAGACCAGCGUGAUCGGAACCUACAUUUCAGGAAAGUAUGCCCAGGUCCUACAGAGCACCUCUCAUGUCAUUCAAGGUAACAGCCCGGCCCCGGUGCCGGCGGCUGGAGCCGUCGCUGCGCCGGCCGCCGAGGGGCGCCGCGUCAAGCUGAACCCCAGCUCGACGCUGCGCAUCCUCAAGACGGCGGCGCCGAGUCUGAACAAGACGCCCCGCUACAGCCCGGAGGCGGCCGCCUCGAUCAUUACGCCGUCGCCGGCCUCGCAGGCCCUCGACGACACCGGGCUGCCGCUGGAGAACCUGUUCGCCAGCGCGCCCAGCUCCAGCCCCCUGGUGCGACCGUCGCGCCGCCUACCGGGCGGCGGCAUCAACUCGGGCGGCGGCAACUUCAAGAACCGCCUGAAGAACCGCCUCGGCAAGGACGACAAUGAGCUGCAGGACGGGGCGGCGGCUGGUGAGGAGCCGACACCGGCGGCCGCCACCAUCACGCCGCAGCCGCCGGCCGCCAGCGGCGGCGGCGCGUACGGCAAGAAGCCGGCCAGCCGCUUCCGCAACACCCAGGUCGUUAAGCCCGCCGCCAAGAAUACAAGAUUUAACCGCUAUUCCGCGUCUAGUGUGGAGGUGGCCACUGUGGUGGUGGCGAGUGCGCCCGCCGGCGGCCCGGCCUACCAGAACCGACGCAAUAAGUCCUCUCGUAACGGUUUCAAACCAACAUCUGCCCACAGUGUCGUGUCGGCGACCGCUCAGUACCAGCAGCAGCAGCAACAGCAGCAGCAAUACCAGCAGCAGCAGCAGGAGGCGGCCGCUAACCGGCGGUCGUUCAAGCCGAAACCACAGCCGUCGGCGCCGGAACAGGAUGGGCCCGGCCACUCGACCAGCCUGUACAAGUUCAAGCUGAACCGGUCGCCGGGCCGCUGGCAGUACAAGUCGCCGGCCAAGCCGACGGUGGCGAUCCGGAAGCAGAGCGCGGCGAAGGUGCCCCCGCCGGGCAAGGAUCAGGUACUGACGACCGAGAGCCUCACGACGGCCCCGAUUUCCGACCCGUCCGUACAGUUUAACGAUAUCGCGCAGUCCGGCGAGCAGUCGGAGAAGGUGGACCCGGACGCGGACCUGGACCAGUCCGGCUCGGUGCACGGCAACGUGCUGAACGACGCGGAAACCGACAACCAGAUCGAGCGCCGCUACCCGAUCGAGACGCUGAAGGUGGAGAUCUCGACGCCGGCCGACUUCCGGGACACGUACUACGAGAUCGCGACCAUCAAGUCGCCCUACACCUUCCAGGUGGGAACGGUGAAGAACACCCGCUACAUCACGGUCACGUCGACGAUCGAGAAGGUGCUGGAGCAGGAGACGGCCACUAUCACGCCGUCGCUGACGGAGCCCCUGACGGAGAACAUUCUGGCCACGACGACGCACAUCGACAAGGAGAGCAACCUGCUGGACUCGAGCAUCGCGACGCUCCCACCGAUCGUGCUCGGCACGGACACGGAGACGCCACCGCUCGAGACACUCACCGAGACCUUUAGCACCACGCAGGUGAUGCUGAAGACGCACAUCCUGCCCGUGAUCCGAGAUGGAGCGGACACCUCGAGUUACACCCUGAUCCAGACUUACCACGUAACGCGCCUGGUGACAGCCACCAAGACGCUACCGCCGAUGGAACUGUACCACUUUGUGCCGUCCCGUACGCUCAACGAGUUCAACAGCCGGCUGGACGAGGCCGGCUCCGAGCUUCACCUGGAGCUGGAAUUUGGCGAUGACAACGAGAACGAUGAUGGCGACGAGAAGCCGAAGCGCGAACGGUUGCCGUCCGAUCUGGAUCUCUCCAGUAUCGGCUCCGAUUUUGACCUGUCCGAGGUCGACAAGGCUAACCUGCCGGAGAACAUUCGGCCGAAGAAGAAGGUUUCGUCCGGGGGUAACAACCGGGAGAAUCGCAUUACGACCGAAGCCCCGGUCACGACGCCGGCCCUUACACCGGAACAGCUGCAGCAGUUGGCGCUUCUGCGGCUCCUGAAUCCGGCCGCAGCCGCCCAGAUCCCGUCCGUCAUCACGUCCUCCAAGCCGGUGGUCAAGCUGGAGACGGUCUACGAGUCGCACGUCCUGCCGAUCGUCAACGGGCAAAACACGAUCCUGAGCACCAUCUCGCGGCCGAUCGGGACGAUCACCAAGACGAACUACGAGAUUGUGACGACGACGCUACCGACGCUACCGCUGCCACCGAUUCCGCAGCUGAACCCGUUCCUGCAGCCCCAGCAACCGCCGCAACUGCAGCAGCAGCAACAGCAGCCGCUCCAGCUCCAGUCGACGCCCGUCGUCACGCAGACGAUCGUCACCGAAACCAACAGCAAGGUGCUGAAGCUGACGUUUGGCGCCAAGACGGCCUACACCACCCUCUACUCGACGACGGUCGUCCCGACGGUGCUGACCACCUACCUAACGCAGUCAGUCUCCGUCCAGCCGACGGCCGCCUUCCCCGGGUACUUCCCCAAUCCCUACGCACCCUUCCCGUUCGUCGGUUAG